AUGACCGCCUCUGAUCCGUUCGUUGUCAAGUCCCGUUCGCCCUCUGGACGUGUGCUCAUCCUCACCCUCAAUCGCCCCAAGGCGCUGAACGCGUUGAGCGACGGCCUCUUCCGCCAGCUCAACGCGUACCUUGCCGAAGCCGACGACGACGAUACAGUCGCUUCCAUCGUGAUCACGGGAGGGGACAAAGUGUUCGCUGCCGGCGCAGACAUCAAGGAGCUCGGUGCCAACACUUUCGCAGCAGCCUACUCUCGUGAUGCCCUCAGCAGCUGGCAACGUGUGGCGGCGAUCCGCAAGCCUAUCGUGGCAGGAGUGGCCGGAUACGCUCUGGGAGGAGGCUGCGAGCUGGCCAUGAUGGCAGACUUGCUCGUUUGCACCCCGACCGCGGUGUUUGGCCUACCGGAAAUAAACCUGGGCGUCAUCCCUGGUGCUGGCGGAACUCAGCGCCUUGCUCACCUCAUAGGCAAGACGCGCACGAUGGACAUGGUCCUGAACGACCGCAAGCUGUCUGGAAAGGAGGCGUACGAUUUCGGUCUUGCCAGCGGACUCACGAAAGAGGGCGAAAGUGUCGUCGCCGCUGCGACAAAGGUGGCCGAACAGCUCGCAACCAAGGGAGCCCUUGCCCUGCAGGCUGGUAAAGAGGCAGUCAAUGCCUGUGAGUGGAAACGAUAA